AUGUCCAAGCCAACGAUUCUGCUCAUUCCGGGUUCUUUUUCACUUCCAGACCCCUAUGACCCGGUCGUGGAUGCUGUGAGGGCAGGCGGUUAUGAAAUUCGAGUUUUGCAUCUUCCUAGCGUGGGAAUCAGCGCCGGGCAUGGAAGAGAAGGAGCACCGCCUUCCAUGUACGACGAUGCCGCCUUUGUGGCCAAGGAAGCCGAGAAGCUGGCAGAUGAAGGCAAGAAGAUAAUUCUCAUAGGACACUCUUACGGAGGAAUCCCUGUAACCCAAGGCGCCGAGGGCCUGGCGGUCAAGGGCCGGCAAACGCAAGGGAAAGCAGGAGGCAUAGUAACUCUUGCGUAUAUGACGGCGCUGGUACCUGGUGUGGGCCAAUCGGCGGUGGAUAUCAUAGCAGAUGUGCCUCAGGAGCACCAGGUUGAUCUGAAGGUUGAUGAGAAUGGAUGGAUGUACCAUGACCCACCUUCGGCGACGGCAGCAAUUAUAAUGCCGAAAAUUCCGCUGGAAGAAAGCGAGGCUGUGGUGAAAGGAUUCGCUAAGCAUUCCAGCGUCAGCUUCACCGAUAAGUUGACGUAUGCUGGAUAUAAGCACAUUCCGGUCUCAUAUCUAUUCUGCGAGGAGGAUAUAUGCAUCCCUACAAAGAUUCAGCAAGCGGAAAUCGAUAUGAUAGAGAAGGAGAGCGGGACAAAGGUUCACGUCACCAGAAUUAGCGCGGAUCAUUGCCCAAACUUGACGGCGAAGCAGCAGACAAUCGAUUGGAUUUUGGAUACGGCACGGAGGUCCCAGAACAGUCAGGCAGAAGCUUAG